AUGCAACAGUCUCAGUUAGACCCUCUUCCUAGGGACCUGCCCUUUCGCAUAAUAUCCAAGACAAUAGGACGGGGAGCAUACGCUUCCAUCAAGAAGGCAGUUCCUUUGGAUGCACCCAAACCCAUAUUUGCUGUCAAGCUCAUUCAUAAAGGUUAUGCCAUCAAACAUGGCCGCAUCUCAGCAAAGCAAAUCGCGAUGGAGGUCUCUCUCCACUCUCUCAUAGGCCAGCAUCCCAACAUCAUCGAGUGGUUCGCUACCGGCGAAGACCAUGUCUGGCGAUGGAUUGCCAUGGAGUUUGCCGAGGGAGGCGAUCUGUUCGACAAGAUUGAGGCAGACGUCGGUGUCACUGAGGACAUUGCCCACCUUUACUUUCUGCAACUUAUCAGCGGCGUCAGCUUCAUGCACUCGAAAGGAGUCGGCCACCGUGAUCUCAAACCUGAAAACAUCCUCAUGUCUCUUGACGGCAGCUUGAAGCUUGCAGAUUUUGGCAUGGCUACCAUGUUUGAAUACAAAGGCCAGAGAAAACUCAGCACAACCAUGUGUGGCAGCCCGCCGUACAUUGCCCCGGAGGUAUUGCUCUGCGGCCGAGGCGACAAGUCUCAGAAGUACUCGCCAGAUCUCGUGGACAUAUGGUCAUGCGGCGUCAUCCUCUUUGUCCUACUCGUCGGGAACACUCCUUGGGAUGAACCAACCUCUGCGAGCUGGGAAUUUCAAGAGUAUCUACGGACAAAUGGGCGCAGUACAGAUAACCUCUGGCAGAGGGUCCCGGCUGACGCGUUGUCACUACUUCGCGGCAUGAUGAACACGGAAGCCAACAAACGAUUUAGUUUCGGUCAAGUCCGACAACACCCAUGGUACACAAGACCAAAUCGCUUCCUGAGCCCGGAUGGGCAGAUAUCGGAUCCUCUAAAUCUAGCGACGAAGAUGCUCGAAAACCUGCAUAUCGACUUCAGCCAGCGACCGACUGGCUCGCAAGGGCGCUACUCCCAGGACGCGAUGGCUUUGGACUCUGAACCAGCAGCCGAUGUGUCGGGCAUGUCAGCGACCCAACCAGAGACACCAAUCAGUGACGCGCUUUUUGACUGGGAGAGACCGACUCUCCGCUCGCUCGGCGCACAGGCUAUCUCGUCAACGCAACCCGUGUCACGCGCGGAUGCGACCGCCGCUGCCGCAGCAACCCAGCCCAGUUCAGUGUUCGAGGUGCUGGCAGAAGAGCCAACAAUGAGUCAAUUCUCGCAAGCUCCAGGCGUACCCAUGACCCUGACUCAGAGAGCCCGGCAUUUCCACGAUAUCGUGCCUGCUCAAUCCUUCACGCGCUUCUUCUCGCACGUGCCACCACAGCUGCUGGUACAAAUGCUUCGCGACGCCCUGCACCAGCUCAACGUCCCUCUGCCUCCCACCCCAGGUCACAUCGGCCAGGCGGACCAUAUCAGCACAAUCAAGAUCAAGACUGUCGAUGGGCGCCGACAGAGCCUGCACGGCGAGAUCGUCAUCGACAAGUACUACCUCCCCGAGUCCCAGGAGCUGCUCGAGGCGCGCUUUGUCAAAGUCAAGGGCGAUCCGCUCGAGUGGCGGCGCUUCUUCAAGAACGUCGUCUUGCUCUGCAAGGACGCCGUGUAUAAGCCCGAGGCCUAG